ACAGACAAUUGUGUAAGUCUGUGGUUCGGGCUGAUGAAGGAAUAGUCAGAAGGAAGCCUAACCUAUCUCCACAUACUUUCUUAGAUAGCCAUUCGUGUCAAAAAACACAUCAAGCGUAAUAAAAACCAAGGAGGACCAAAGAAGCGAUACAAAAUAAGCCAGCGUUGGCCACUGUGGCCAGUAUUGGAACACCCAGGUGAGGGCGAGAACUCCAUUGAGCGGCGCGGCACAGCAAGACCCAAACAAAGGUGCAGCACCACGUCCCCGGCACCCAUACCCUUGUGCUGCCAGGUCAAGCGACACGCCCGGCACCAAGACGUGGAGUGCUCACCAGUCCUCAGGUCACCAUGGCGGCAUCCCGGGUCACCCUCAAGGCGCCUGCACCGACGGGUCACGUGAAGUAGGAGAGCAAAGAGUAGACCGACAAGAUGCUGGAGGGUCUGGCAACAUGGGUCCUCAACAACUACCUUGGAAAGUACCUCGAGAACCUCAACACAGACCAGCUCUCCAUCGGCCUUCUCAAAGGCGAGGUGGAACUGGAGAAUGUGCCGCUACGGAAGGAUGCAUUACGCCACCUGGAUAUGCCCUUGGAGGUGUUGGCGGGCUUUGUGGGGCGCGUCAAGCUGCAGAUCCCCGUGUCGCGCCUGCGCUCCGAGCCCUGGGUCAUCAAGUUUGAGCAGCUCUACCUGGUGGCCGGGCCGGUGAAGCUGGAAGAGUAUGAUGACGAGGGGGAGAAAGCGGCAGCACAGGCUCGCAAGAUCAGCCAGCUGGACGCACUGGAGGCAGCGUGGCGGGCAGAGCAGGAGGCGAGACACGAGGCCUCACACUACGCCAACUCCUACUCCUCCUGGCUCAGCUACGGCACGUCCUUCAUGACCAACAUCAUUGAGAACAUACAGCUCAAGAUCCGUGACGUCCACCUCCGCUAUGAGGACGACCGCUGCUUUCCCGGCCAAAUUUUUGCCUGUGGCCUCACCAUCGACUCCCUGGCCCUGCAGAGCUCGGACGAACACUGGAUCCCAAGGUUUGUGUAUGGGAGUUCCUCCAAGAUGGCCUACAAGUUGCUGGAGCUGACCAACAUGGGCCUGUACUGGGACACCUCCGCCACCCUCUACAGCAACAAGACCCUGACGGAGCUGGCGAGCCUCAUGUUGUCCGGCAUCGAGAAGCGCGACCACGAGUACCUCCUCUCCCCAGUCAGCGCCACGGCCUUCGUCAAGCGGAACCUGUGUGAGGCUCCAUUACGCUCCCGCUCAUCGCCACGCCUCACAUGCGAGCUCAGGCUGGACAAAUUCCCCCUGACGCUGGACGAGACUCAGUACCGACAACUCGUGCGCUGGAGCCGGGAGUAUGACCGUCUGGACCGUGCCCGCCACUACCGUAAGUGGCGGCCGGCAGGUCCUGUGCGUGAGAACCUGCAUGACUGGUGGCAGUACCCCAUACAGUGCCACCUGGAGCACAUUCACCGCACCAGAGCGAGCAGGACCUGGCCGGCCACCCUGCAGAGAGCCAGGGACAUUGUCAGGUACGUGGAUGUGUACUGUGAGCACCUGAAGGAGCCAGCCACUGUACCCACUGACCACAAGGCCCAUAAGCUGAGGGUGGAGCAGGCGCUGGGCUUUGGGGAGCUGUGUGCCCUGCGUGAGGUGGCCAUGGCCAGGGUGGGGAGGGAGCUUAAGGCCAACUGGACAGCCCAACCCCCUGCCCCCCCUUCCUGCCCUGCCACCUCCCCCACCCAGAGUGGUGAGGGCAUCCUGCAGCGCUGGUUCCCUACCUGGGGCGGCUGGUAUGCAGCUGAGCCGCCACCCGAAGGGGCUGUCACCACCACAGAGGACGAGGAGGAGGAUAGCCCUGCCCCUGCUGAGGCUACUCCCAUACCAGGGGCUAAGGAGGGAGGGGAGGUGUCGGGCUCGCUGGAGGAGGAGAUCCUGUACGUGCUGGCGGACACGGUGGAGAACAACACCUUCAUGAAGAGGGAUGCUGUGUUCUGCCAGCUCAGCUUCACCCUCAAGCAGAGCUCCUUCACGCUGUCCUCCUCCAAGGCCGCCACGGACAGCAAGGAGGGAAGGGUUGACUUGUUUGAAUUGGAGUUUGCCAACGUGAAGAUGGGUCUUGAGUCUCGUCCGAGGAGCAAGUCGUACAAGUUUGACAUUGAGUUGGGUUCCCUCACCCUCAGGGACAAGGUCACCCCCGACACAGCCUUCCCCCAGCUGCUGUCCCCCCAAAGCCGCGCACAGGUGUCCUCCCUGGCCAGCGCCCUCUCCCGCACCUCCACCAUGUACAACAAACUCACCAGCUUCAUAACGUCGCAGAACAAGCCACAGGGGCCACUCUUCUCCCUCUGCUACGAGUGCCGGCCAUUCAACUCCAAGGUGGACCACAGGCUAGCGAUCACGUCCUCGGCGCUGGACAUAGUGUACAACCCAGCCGCCCUGGAGGCCAUCACGGCGUUCUUCACCCUCCCACACCACAAGCGGGGCAUUGGGGGGGACUCCUACUCCGGCCUCACCCCCCAGAUGGCCGCCCUCACCACUGCUGCCAGGAAGAGGUACGAGGAGCUGAAGGAACACACCAAACAGGAGCUGAAGAGGAACUGGGAGCAGAUGAUGGAGGGGGACAUGGUGAGUCGCAAGCGCUGGGACGUGAAGCUGGACAUCUCGGCGCCUCAGAUCAUCAUCCCCGAGCACUUCCAGGACAAGAACGCCACGCUGGUCGUGCUGGACUUUGGGCGGCUGGUGUUCUGCUCGGCCCAGCCCACCGCCACCCAGGACACACCCAGGGGGGAGCUAGACAUGGCCAGUGAAGAUGAGGAUGAGUUUGCCACGCCUUGCUCCACCCCUGAUGAUCUGGAGACCAUGUCACCCGUGGACGGCAGGAAGGACAGCCAGGGGAGGAAGCCGUCUCUCUCAGAGCUCAACGCACAGCUCUCCGAGACACUCCUGCACGACCGCAUGUAUGACAAAUAUGACUUGCGACUGUCGGACAUGCAGGUGUUGGUGGGCAAGGUGCACGACAACUGGCGUUUUGCAUACCUCAAGGGGACCGGCCACAUGCACGUCCUGGACCGCUUCAGCAUCAACCUGCAGCUAGAGAGGCGAGUGGUGGCUCUGCGCGACGCCCAGCAGCAGUGGCCCAGCGCGACGCUCUCCGGCACACUCCCCAAGCUGGUGCUGCACGUCAACGAGCAGAAGGUUCAGGCGCUGCACAACAUGAUCGCAAAGUUUUCUGGUGACCGCCCGCAGGAGCCGCCAAGGAAGGACUCAGACAGUGAGGCGUGUAGAGGGACCAGUGACGCCAGCAGCAGCAGCUUUAACGAUGGCAUUGUGGGGGGGGUGACGCGCUCCAACACACUCUACUCACUCGGAGACCAGACUGAUGGCAGCUCCCCCAAGGGCGCCACCUCCCCCACCGAUGAAGGCAAACUGCUCAUGGUGCAGUUCACGGUGGACAGACUCUCCCUUGAGCUUCAGUCACGUGGCCGGAGCAUCGCAGAACUGCAGGUGACGGGCGUGCGGGCCAACCUGAACAAGCGUCCCCACGAGAGCACGGCCACCCUCAGUGUGCACUCCCUGCUGCUGGUGGACGCCCUGCAGACCUUUGGGCCAGAUUUUGAGCUGCUCGUGGCCAGUCAUAAGCACGUCAGCAUGGACAGCGUGAGUGGAAGUCUGCUGGACAGUGACCCGUGCUCCCCCACCUCCCCCGCCUCACCGGACCACAAUGCAUCUUUCAAGCUGGCCUCCCCGCUCUCCAUCAGCCACGCCAUCUCCUCCUACGCUGCCUCCAGGGCCCAGUCACCCCCACACUCCUCCCGCAACAUCCCCUCGCCUCCCCCAAUCUCCUCCCCGAUGUUUGGUGGUGGAGGUGGAGGCGGAGGCGGUGGGCUUGGUGGAGGCAGUGCGCUGUCCUUCACGGAGGCGCGGGACACCGAGGCACUCAUCAUCCUGGAGGUGACCUAUGUGUCGGCACUGUGCCCCUCCCAGCAAGGUGCCGGAGCCCUCCUGGUGGCCUCUGUGCAGUUCAACACGCUAGACAUUAUUGCCAACCAGGAGACAGUGGUAGAGUUAGUGGGCUUCCUGCACCAGCUGUUUCCCCGACCAUCCCUCUCCUCCACCCCACUCCUCCACCACCACCUCCAUGCGACAGAGGCCUCCUCCAUCCCACCCACCACCACAGCUCAGCCUGACAGGGAACCAGGGGUGGGGUUAGAGGCCGCCCAUGCCCCGGGGCUGUACUAUGUGGCCCCGGAGAAGAGUCCUGUGCGUGCGGAGGUCAGCUUUGACUUCCACAAGCUGACGGUGCUGCUGCUGCGAGGCGUGUACAAGGACAAGGAUCUGGUGGGACGGAAGGUUGGCACGGCUGUCCUCUCCGAUGCCAAGAUCCAGGCCACUGUGGACAGCGGCAUCCUGAACGUGGAGGGGUCGCUGGGAGGGUUCCAGGUGAGGGACGUGACUCCCGAGGGCAGCAAGCACCAGUGCAUCAUCAGCGUGGGCCAAGACCCCAUUGUGGAGCGCUCGCAGGACCUCUUCUCGCGGCUCAACAGUGACUUGUAUCGCUCGUUCUCGGCCUCAGACACCACCGCCCGAGCCUUCAGCUUCAAGGUCAUCCGUCCCGUGGCCUUCACCUCCAGCAACCAGAAGUUAGGCGAGAGUCCAGCCUCAGACAGCGAGGACCUGAGGGUGCAGCUGCGUCUGGCCUCCGUCUCCUACACACACUCGCCACACUUCCUGAAGGAGUUGAGGUCCUGCGCGACAGAGUUCAAGCACUACAUGACCGUCGUGGCGUCGUCUAUCAAGCACGCUGCGACGGAGAUGGCGAUGGGGCUUGUUAGUAAAAGAAUAGAGUCGUUUGCCGGGUUAGCCAGCAGCCAGUGGGAGGCAUCGCCGCACCACCACCGGCGCCUCAGCGUGUCGCGCUCCACGGACACCCUCAACCUGCCGGCACCCCCCCCUGCCUCCGCCUCAGGCUCACACUUCAGCCCCACCAUUGAGGACACCAGCGACCUUCCCUUUUCCCUCAACCUGGACAUCGUGCUGGAGACCCCGGUGGUGGUGUUGCCGGAGUCCCUCAACAGUCCUGACGUGUUGGUGGCUCACCUCGGCCAGAUCUCCAUCAGCAACGUUCCCUCACAUGCCCACACUUCAGCCCCCCCUCUCCUGGCCUUCCCUCCCAACAAAGUGGCCGAGUACCAGCUGGUGGUGCGGGACAUGAGUCUGUACUCCCUCAAUGUGGAGGAGCGACUCAAGAGCAGAGACAGCAGCUUCCAGUGGUUCCACCCCCUGUCCACCACGGUGAUGGGUGCCGAGGAGCUGUACAGCUGCAGGGACCACGGCUGCCCCAUCCUGCACAGCACCACCAUAGAGAUGCGCCUCACGCACGAGCAGGCCGCCUUCCUCCUCACCGACCUGGAGUCUGGCCUGUACUUCCCCACGGACAUGAGCUUUGACGGCCAACCAGCCCCCUCGAGGGACUCUUUGCAGAUUGACGGCGGCAUUGUCACGCCGCUCAAGAUCAGUGUGUCGCGGCGGCAGUACCAGCAGGUGGUGAAAACGCUCUCCAACCUCUCCGUCCCCCACACCGAGCAGGCAACAGAACAGCCAACCUCUAGUUCAGCAGGCAAGGAGGGGCUGGGGGGCGCCUCAGCCAGCCAGUCUCACGGGGGCCCAGAGGGUAUCCAGGGUGCAAGGGGGAGACAGUCACCCACCAUUUCUGUCAAGGGGUCAUUCUCGGUGCCCAGCAUGUGUGUGGAGCUGCGAGGGGACGUGGGGGAGAAGAAGCCCCUCGUUAACCUGCUGCUGGAAGAGAUCAGAGUCACCUAUGAGUCCUGUGAGCCUUACAAGAACAGUACUCAGGUCACCCUUCGUUCCCUCAUGAUGGAGGACCUGCAACAACAGUCAGACUCCUCCAGCGAGCACAGGUUCCUCAUGACCUCAGACACAGGCUCCACAGACUCCUCCCCUGACAGUCCUUCCCAGGGCGCCCGCCACUUCCUCAUCGACCGACACAUCCCUAAGUUCAUCUCCUCCUCCUGUCCUGAGCCGCGCCAGCCCCAGGGCCCCCACCUCUUCCCCUCCUCACUGCCCUCGGAGCUCAAGAUGGAAAAGCCGUUCUUCAAGGCCCAGCAGAAGCCUGUCCCUUCAUCCACGUCAAUCUGGAGGGCUGGAAGAGGCCUCAGCAGCCCCAGCCUGAAGCGGCAGCCCAGCAUGAAGGGGAGCAGCACGGCCAGGAGCCCCUCCACCCCCCCGCCCUCCCCCACCCCACUGGAGGGCGGGGAGGACGGACGCCUCACACACCGCCCUCACACCACCCUCGUCACCAUCACCAUCACCAACAUUGACAGGAACUCCCCGGACUUCCACAGUAAAUAUGAUGAGACCCAUCGCUUCAUCGACGUGGACUUCAACAGCCUGGACACAGUCAUCAACAUCUCCUCGUGGGUGAUGGUCCUGGACUUCUUCAGCACUGACGAGGACGAGGCCAAUCCCCCCAAAACCACGAGGGACCUGACUCCUUCGGUGGACGCCGGCAAGACAGCGACAACAUCAGUGACAGAGGAGGUCAACAGUAUAGUGGAGGUGCAAGUGAGGUCGCUCGGCCUAACCCUGGUCAAGGCAGGUCGUUCCCUAGCAAGGGCAAGCAUCUCGCAAGUGGUGGUGCGCUCAGUGGGGUCGGGCGGCAACCUGACCCUCAACGGACGUCUGGGGUCACUCUCAUUGGUGGACUGCUCCCCGCACAGCCUCCUCUACCCUGAGAAGUUUAUUACUGCCGGCACCGAGGCCAUGACCUUCCAGCUCUUCCAGUAUGGCCACGAGGACCCCGACAUGCAGCGAGUGUGUGACAUGCGGGUGAAGCUCAAGAUGUCCUCCGUCAUGUACCUCCACACCCAGCGCUUCGCCUCCGAGAUCACCCAGUUUGUGCAGCAGUUCAACCUCCUGAGGGAUAUUGUGUCGCGGUGGAGGGCAACCAGCGCUGGCCUCAAGGUGUCAGACUUCAGCCGAGGGUCGCGAGUCUCCCUGGACAUCAGCGCCGGCUCACCCGUCAUCUUCCUGCCCAUGUCCAGCCGCUCUGAGGACCUCCUGGUGGCCGACCUGGGCAGCAUCACCCUCACCAACACCUUCCUCUGGGCAGGCUCAGAGGGCACCAUCAAGCAAGUUCGAGAAGUUGACGCUGGUCCUUACUCCCUGGCCACCAGCCCAAGACUCCGGCACCACAGCAGGCACUCCGACUCACCACAGCCAUCAGCACCACAUCCACAGACCAGCCAGGGCAGCACCGAGGACGAUGCUAGUCAGGAGGGCGCCACUAAGCCCCAUCGUUGCCUCCUGGACGUAAUGUUUGUCAACCUGGUCAACAUGGACAUCUUCACGGGCACGAGGCUCCCCACAAGGCGUUCAAAGCAGCACCAUAAGCACGUGGGGAGGGAGAGCAGUGGUGUGGCCAGUGGGGAACAGAGGAGGAAGAACAGUGCUGGAUUGAAGAAGGAGGGAGGGAGAUCGCGCAAGAGCAGUUCAGUGGAGGAGGACGUGGCAUGGGUGUUUGGGUCAUACCUGGUGAAGAGGGUCGGCUCGUCACUGCUCCAUGACAAGUGUGCCCUGACGCUGCAGCUGGAGAGGAACCUGGACACAGCCAUCAGCCAUGCAGUGCCGGACAUCAGCGUCCACGGCACCCUCAGCAAGGUCCACAGCACCAUUGACACUGCCGACUACAAGCUGAUCCGCGGCCUCCUCAUGUUCAACCUCGGGGAACCGCUGCCGCCAGUGCCACCACCUGCGUACCUCUACCAUGCACAGCCACAGCAGGUCUGGCCAACAGGCGAUGUCUGGACCACCUUCUCCAUCACCCUCAGCCUGGACAACGUGACCCUGGAGCUUGACCACCUGGAGAAGGGCAGGACAGAGGCCGGGGAGGACGAGGGCAGCUGUCCCCUCGCCUGCGUCAACUUCAUCCGCUCCAGACUCACCUUCGAGAGCUUCUCUGAUGAGUCUAAAGAUGUCGAUCUUGUCUCUCAGGAAAUUCUCAUCAGCGACACAAGAUUUGAAGGUUUUCCAGUAAACAAGCGGUCAAACAUUUUCACGAACAUCCUGCAGCCAACGCCUCUCAAGAGUGCCAAGAACAACAGUCAGCUGCAGGCAGAAAUACAUUACAGGUCAACCAAGAAUGUGACGCGGUUCACCAUCCUGCUGAACAACAUGCGUCUGAUGGGCAUCCUCUCCUGGUGGAUGGAGGUGCUGGACUUCAUCUACACCACACCGGACAACCCCUUCCUCACAGAUAAGGCCGGUGAAGAAGCCCCCAGUGAGGAGUCAGCCCCAGCCAGCAGCAUGAUCACCCCAGGACUGCUCUCCCCUAUCCACACACCUCUCCUCCACUCCCCCAUGGCCACCACCCCUGAGUCACGCUCCCCGCGCCCACACUCCCCCACGCCUCCGUCGCAGAGGGGCAAGAGCACCCGCCUUGCCAACCUGCCGCGCCUCAACCCCAUGGUGGAGUCGACGGGCGUGAUGACCAAGCACACCAUCAUGCAGGAGCAAGCCAAGACGCCCUUUGAGCUGAAGCUGAACAUCACGGAUUCAGAGCUGGUGGUGGUGGAGAACACUGCCUUGUGGGACACCAACGCUGUUAUUCUCAAGAGCACAGCCGUGAUCAGCUACCGGCCGCAGCACCAGGAGCGGCCCCUCUCAUGCAACCUGAACCAGUGUGAGCUGUACUCAUGCAUCCUGGGCCUGGAGGAGGACACGGCACUCUCCAUCAUUGACCCAGUGACUGUCAACAUUGAGGUGAACGACCGCCUCUCCCACAGCCAGCUGGUGGACAUCUCCAACAUGAGCAUGGCGGUGCAGCACACAGUGGAGGUUUGGCUCCACCAACUGAACAUCCGCCUGAGUUACCACGACAUGAAGAUGUUCCAGCAGAUGCUUGAGUCUGUGUCCAAGCAGAGGGAGGCCUCUAGGAAGCCCACCUCACCCAAGGACAAGACCCAGCCUGCAAACUUCCAAGCCCAAGUGGAGAAGCUCUCGGCGCUGGGCUUCCAGGAGGUGGACUGCCGGCAUGCGUUAGAGGAGUGUGGCGGCAGACUGGACGACGCGGCUCUCUGGCUAACCCACCACGCCCACCCGCUGCCCGCCCCGACACUGCCCACCACUAACACCACCCAGGACAAGGCCAUCAACUUCCACGCCAUUGAGAUCAAGACAGGCGGCGUGAACCUGUGUGUGAUCGACGACUGUGGAGACUGUGAUGUGCCGCUGCUGGAGGUGUCCCUCUCCCACCUGAGCCUCAAGCAGGACUGGCUGGGCAAGGGGUCUUCCAGCUGUUCCCUCUCUGUGGACUACUACAACAGAGCACUGUCUGGCUGGGAGCCCUUCCUGGAGCCCUGGCAGUGUCAGGCCGAGUGGAACAAGGGGCUGUCGAGGGACCUGAGUGGGGAGCGGCUAUACCUCGCCAUCACCACCGAGGAGUCCAUCAACAUGAACCUGACCAGCGCCCUCCUCGACCUCUGCCACACCGUCAAGAACACCUGGACGCACGACUACUAUCACAGGGACAGACUUGAGUUAGAGUCGUGCGCCACUUCCCCCCAGAGGCAAGGGGAGGAGGGUGAGGGCAGUGGCAGCGGUGGCGGCAGCAACAGCUUCAAGGCGGCACUGGUCAGUCCUCAGGGUUACCGCCGACGCUCUCCCUUCGUCCCCUUCGCACUCAAGAACGACACGGGCUGCGACCUCUCCUUUGCAACCCUGACUACCACCCCCGACAACAUGAUGGAUCUAGAGAGUCCUGGCCACGCUGACGCCCCGGAGAGGGAGUGGGUGAAGGUGACAGCGGGCAGCACCAUUCCAUUCUCCUUCGAAGGGCGAGGGAAGCAACGGCACCGCGACACCCACGAGCUGAAGGUGCACCAGCUUUUGGUACGCGUGGAGGGCUGGCAGGAGGUUGGGCCCGUCACCGUGGACAAGGUUGGAGUGUUCUUCAGGCUCGCCACACCGGACUCACAGACACCCCCGACACAGACCAGCGAGUUGCCCAACGCGCGAGUGAUAAUGGCAGUCACGUUGGACGGCUCAGCACGUAAGCUGGUGACGGUGCGCUCGGCUCUGCAGCUCACCAACCUCCUGCACUGCCCGGUGGACGUGCGGCUCGAAAACUCUGCCCUCAGACUGGGAGCCAACACACAGCUCACGAGGCGUGUUGCUCCGGGGGUCACCUUCCCAGUGCCUCUCACCUUCGUGGAGCUCCAGGUUGAUGCUCGGCCUGUCCCCAACCGCUCCAAAAGUGUGUUUAGCUUUUCCAACAAACCAAUCUUUUGCACAACGCUCCUGAGGCACGGCUGUCUGGAGGAAGGCGUCAGGCAGAGCCGAGCCCUCAACAGCAACGUGGAGCUCCCGUUUAGGUUCUGUGUGCACAUCAAGAAGGACAACUUCCCGGCUGAUGCAAACCCUCCCUCGCCGGGCCCUUACACGCCGCCCUUCAGCCGAUGGGUUCAACCAGGUCACACUAUCGUCCUGGUGAGCCCCCUGACCUUGGUGAACCUCCUUCCUUAUGACCUGCACUAUGAGGUCAAGAUUCCCGGGAGUCCCAAGGGCAGGGUCAAGCCGGGGGAGGACGCCAGCCUGCACUCACUCGACCCAGCUGAGAGCGUCACUCUAACACUCUGGACAGACACCCUGAGCCCCUGCAGCGAGAUCACACUCAACCCUUCCUCGUCCGCGUACCUGGUGACCGUCAAGCUGCAGGACACACAGAAACGCCUCCUCUAUUUACACCUCAAAGUGCGGCCCAUGUGUGGAGGGGCUCUCAAGGUGGUGGCAUAUGCUGGCUACUGGCUCAUCAACAAGACAGGGCUGCCGCUCAUCUUCAGACAAGAGGGAGUUAAUGUUGACGCUGCUGGUCAGGACAGUGAGCACGAGGUUGCCCGCUGUGCCGCGCCGCUACUCUUCUCCUUCAGCGACCGCGAGGCCAACCCCAUGGUGGUGGCACGCGUGGGUAACCAGCUGCACCCAGGCUCCCAGGCACAGUACUGCCACAAGUUGCCGCUGACUCAAGGCACGUGGGUGAGGCGGCUGAGGGUCAGUCCACAUGACAACCGGCCGGACCUUGUGUACAUCGUGGGCGUGGACGUGCGACCGGGGCGGGGCAGGUACAGGGACACCUACAUGGUCACCUUCUCGCCCAGGUUCCAGAUUGAGAACCGGUCGUCCCAUGAGCUGGUGAUUGCCCAGAAGUGCUUCACCACCACCUUUAGUGACCCGUGUGUACAGUCCACGUGGCUGCGGGCCAUCCCGGGCUGCUGGCUGCCCUUCCACUGGCCGCGCCUCGACAAGGAGCAGCUCCUCAGCAUCUGCCUUAGGGACGUGCCCGGCUGCUACUGGUCUGGUGGCUUCCAAAUAGAGAAAAUAGACUCUUUCUACCUCAAUAUCAGGGACAAUGACGGUCGCUGUUUCUUCCUGCGUGUGGAGGUGAUCAUCAGCGACGCAACAUUCUUCAUUGUGUUCACGGACGCCGAGACGCUGCCGCCGCCCUUCCGCAUCGACAACUUCUCGGAGGUCCCAAUCACCUUCUUCCAGACGGGCACACAGGAGGAGCGGCUGAGGACGUCCGUCAAGCCACGGUCCUGUGUGUCAUAUGCCUGGGACGAGGUGUGUAUGCAGCCCCACAUCACUUGCGUGGCUCCCGGCGGCACCUCCGUCACCUACAACAUGAACAUCCUGGGCGAGGGUGCCAGGCUGACCUACGAGAACUUCAUCUACAUCGCCCUCACUGGCACCUUCCGCAAUGCCAGCGGCAGCAGCAGCGGAGAGGAGGACAACGUGACCUUUGACCCCAGUGCCCUGGAGUGCCAACAGCUGGUGUUGGAUGUGCCGGAGGGGACGAGGGUCAAGCUGGCACGGAAGGAGAAUGGGCGGCGGUCACAGCUGUGGCGCAUGACCUCCACCGGCAAGCUGCAGCACGAGGGGUCGUCACCGCCCCACGACCCCACCAGCAGGAAGGCUGCCAACAGCUCCGCCACGCUGGUCCUGGACAUCGCCGGCUGCGCCCCUCAGCCCUCCGAGUACGUCCCUCUGAUGCUGCGGAAGCCAGACGAGCGCCGCCGCCUCACCCAGACCUGGCGCUUCACCGAGGACGGCCGACUCUGCUGCACUCACGUCAACAUGUUCGUGCAGGCCAAGGACGGCUUCCUCGGCCUCAUGCCAGAAUCUCCUCAUUCUGGGGGAUCUUGGCAGCCGUGGAACGAUGUGGUGCUGGGGCCGCCACAGCUGGUUCAGUACGACACCCUGGCCAACGGGGUGCCCCUGGAGCAGGCCAUAUCCAGGCAGAGGCUGCGGCCCGGCUCUGGGGUGCUGGCCGUCAGGGUGGACACCGACGGGCCCACCAGAGUUUUGCAGAUCACGGACGUCCACAGCAAGAGUACUUCAGUGGUGGCCCGCACGGAGAGUGGUGACUGGGUGAGCCUGGUGAACGAGGGAGGCACCACCACCAUCAAGAAGACCAGCGCCGCCUCCCAGCACACCAAGGAUGAGUCCGGCCUGCAUGAGGUGGAGCUCCAGCUCAAGCUUCAGGGCGGCCUCGGACUCUCCCUCAUCCAGCAGUCACCCCCCGAGGAGCUGCUCUACGCCAAGCUCACCGACAUAGUGUUCCAGUACCAAAGCUCACCCCUCCAGCGCACUGUUGACUGCAGCGUGCGGGACAUACAGGUGGACAACCAGCUGCUGGGGGCUCAGUGUCCUGUGAUUCUGUACGUGACGCCUCUGAACAAGAAUGACGAGACUCGCUACCUCCCGGCCAUCUACCUCACCGCCCACCAGCUCUUGUCCUCCUGCACCAACUCCUAUAUAUUCAAGAACCUGAACCUUACCAUGAAGAACCUGACCCUGACCCUGGAGGAGAGCCUGGUGUUCAAGCUGCUGCUGCUGGCCGGCUAUGACCAGUCCGACUCUGAGCUGGAGAAGGUGGAGGAGCGGCAGUAUGACACACGGAAGAUGCUGGCCGCCGCCACCUCCGCUAAUGCCACCAGGUACUACUUCACCAACCUUGAGCUGCAGCUGAAGCAGGUUCGCCUGAGUGUGCUCACCUCCAAGAAGCUGAGUCCCGAGCUCAAGAACAUCAAGAGGAAGAUGGGCCUCACGUUGGUCAGGUUUGAACACGCCAGUGUCAGCCUCGAGCCGUUCGUGCGACGCCACCCCUUCGAGACGUCACGCUUCCUGCUGGAUUGCAUCACCAAGCACUACCGGGAGGAGCUGAAGUCACAGGCCAUGAAGAUCCUGGGGUCCACGGACUUCCUAGGUAAUCCGUCCGGGUUCUUUGCGGACGUGAGCGAGGGUGUGAGUGAGCUGGUCCACGAGGGGUCUGUUGGUGGCCUGGUGUGGAAUGUGACGCAUGGCAUGGCCAACUCCACCGCUAAGGUGACGGGCUCUCUCUCGGAUGCUGUGGGUCACGUGACGAUGGAUGACAAGCACGAGGAGCACCGACAGCGGCUGCGGACUAUUCAGACAUCCCACAGUGCCGACCACAUCAUGGCGGGGCUGAAGGGGCUUGGCCUAGGGCUGUACGGCGGCCUGACCAGCAUCGUGUCCCAGACCUACACUGGGGCUACUCAGGAGGGGCUACCAGGCUUCAUCUCAGGGUUCGCUAAGGGUAUGGUCGGCACCGUCACCAAGCCAGCCAUUGGCCUCCUGGACCUGGCCAGCAGCACCUCCCUGGCUGUGCGCGACUCCAGCAAAAAUCCGAUGCAGAAGAUGCCAAAUCGAGCCCGAAAGCCCAGGCUGGUGGUGGGGCUGAACGGCAUGAUCCCGAGGUACAGCAUGAACCAGGCCGAGGGACAGGAGCUGCUCCUCUCCUUUGAACAUGACGAAAAUGAAAUCUUCCUUGGGUAUGAUGUGCUGCGUGAGGGCGAGGGGGACAUGAAGGUGCUCAUCUCCAGCCAACAAGUGAGGGUGUUCAGCCAGAGUGACCCGUCCCUGCCCCCCACGGCAGUACUCAACGUGACCUACAGGGACUUGUACCACUGCAAGCCAGUCAUCCUGCUCGGGGACGAGUCAGAAGAGGAACAGAAGCACUACAUUGAACUGACCCUCAAGGCAGAGUGGCCUGAGGGACACACCACGCCGCGGCCCUCGGAUCUGGCAUACAAACGGCCCAAAGUACGCUGUGACUCCAGGGAAAUAGCACACAAGGUCGCUCAGCAGAUCAAUUAUGCGAGGAACCUGCACGAUGAGCUGAGGCAGACGCUGCUCACCCAGGAGGAGGAGAACGGGGAGUGAGGAGAGUGUGUGUGUGUUCAAAUGUGAGGAACUGAGAUAAGGGAGAGUCUUGGUGGAGGAGAAUGGAGAUUGAGGGAAGAGGAGAGGGUGUGUGAAAAUGAGGAGGCAGGGAGUGUGAGUGAGUGUAAGGAAGUGUGUGUGUAAAUGGAGUGAGGAGAGGGUGUGUGUAUGCAUAUGUGAGGGACUGGGAUAAAGGGAGAAAGGGGAGUGAGGAAGUGUGUGUGUCCAGAGGUGAGAGACUGAGAUGAACGUGUCUUGGUAUGUGAAAGAGAGAGAGAGAGAGAGAUUAACAGGAAAGGUAAGGUAGUAAGAUGAGAUUGUGAUAAUAUCAAUGCACUUGUUAUUUGUAGUGUGUGAAUGUCGGUAAUGAUAUGUGCCAGUAUUCUGUGUGUGUGUGUGUGUGUGUGUGUGUGUGUGGCUCAUAUUGUUACACCCAUGGGUGCAGUGUGUAUGUGUUGUUUGUUGUUGUUUGUGGGGCACGAGUUUGUGGUGCGGAAGGGAAGCGAAAGUGGGAUGUUAGGUGGCACGGUGGGCACUCGGGGCGGGGACAGUGAGUGGCUGUGGGGUGCUGAGAGAGACGAGACAUAGGUGACUGAUCUGCAUUUGUGUGCCCGCGUGCCUGCCUGUGCAUGCCUGAUGUGCCUUCCCUUGUGCCUGGAUUUCCUGUACUAGUGCCUGGAGAAACAGUGUACGGUGUUUGGAACCUGUCUCAUGCCCUGCUGCGCCUUCGCCGCCCAGCUGGCGUCACACCCGAGGCUGUCCAGACAGAUGGACUCCCGCAGUGUGUCAAUUAGAGCUGCUUGGUGACCCUGCAUGGCCUUGAGAAAGAUGGAGGAGGCCAUUUUCUGCAGCUCAUGGGCCUGAUCAAAAGUGGUGACGGUGGUGGAGCGCAAGGCCUGGGGUAGUCAGGGCCAGUACUGGUGGCCAAGGAAAAAUGCGUGGUGUGCCAGGUACAUGCUGUUGUUGUGCAUGAUGGCUGCCUGCUAGAGAAGGGUGCCCAGCUCGUGUGUGUUGGCGAUGGGCACCAUGCUGUAAUACAAGGUCAGGGUGUUGUGUACCAUGUAGAGGAGUCUGGCGGUAUACUUUUGAGAGCUGAAACACGCCUCCUCCAGGUAGUGUAGAUGAGCUCCACCAGCUCCCACACAGAUGAGCUGAUCUUACACUUGGUCAUGCUGAGGGACUUGAUGGCCAGAAGCUUCUCUAGCCGCAUGGUGCUCUCCACCAGCUUCCUGCCCGUCUCAUCCUGAAAGAUGAGCGGUCCGCUGGGCUUGAGGGGUGUGAUGGAGACGGUGACAUGCAGCGGCUUCUUCAUGAGGGUCCAUGCAUGCUCCAGGAUGUGAGCACAAUCCUUGUUACCAAACACCAUGUCCACAUUAGCUGCAUACUUUACGAGGGACAUGUCUUCAGCCUUAAAAAAACUUUUUCAACAAGGAAGUUUUGGAACUCCUCAGCAACAGCUUUUACCUUAUCAAACUUACUCAGCUUUGCUCUGCUGAAAGGAACAGCAUCAGUACUGCACUAAGAGGGACACUGAGUAGUCUCCAUUACUGUGUCAUUUUUCCUUCCAGGUGAGAGUUUACUGCAAAACCUCAGUAAUGGAGUAAAUGAUUUGUGUCCUCAUCAUCAUAAGUUCUCCCUUGAAUGCCUUCACAAUAUCCAGCUAACCCUCAAUAUCCCACUCCUGACACCAAUUGUUAUGCCAUCCCCCCAACCCACCAAUACGGGUAGGCAGGCGGCGUGCUUAAACACAGGGUAGUGAACCCCAGAACAGGUUGAGACUCGCUCCUCCAGGACGCCACACGUGCGGGUCGCACACCGAGGAGGAGAGGCAAGGAGGUAGACACAUUUACUGACAGGUUCCAAACACCAUACACUGUUUCUCCAGGCACUAGCACAGGAAAUCCAGGCACAAGGGAAGGCACACCAAGCACGCACAGGCAGGUAUGCUGGUGCACAAACCCAGCUCAGUCACCUGCGUCUUGUCUCUCAGUCCCAACAGUCACUCACUGUGCCCGCUCCGGGCGCCCACCGCACCACCUAACACCCCACUUUCGCUUCUGCACCACAAACUCGUGCCCCACAAACAACACAUACACACCGCUCUCACGGCCAUAAGAAUAUUAAUGCUGCCACACUUAUGUAAAUACAUUAUGAAGAUAGAUCAAAAGAUAAUAUGUAUAUAUAUACUUGAAAGAUCUCACUGCAUCACUAUAUUUUUUGGGUGUGGCUCAUGUCAGUAAUGUCACACUUUUGUAAAUAGACACUGUUGAAUGAGAGAGAAAAAAGAGCAUACACAUAUAAUUAUCAAGCAUCUUAUUUCAUCUAUUUAUUUUUGUGUGUGUGACCCAUGUAAAGGAUACAUCACACUUUGUACAUACAUUUAGAAGAGAAAAAAAUCACUGCUAUA